UCCAGAGGAUGCCUCUCACUUCCCCCGAGCUGACAGAAAGUUUGGAGCCAUGGCUGAUGGACGAGAAGAGGAGAGGAGAGAAGAAGACCAGGAGCUUCUGGGCGCAGUGGGAGGGGAAGAUGUCAUUGAUGACCCCAUCGUGGAUCUGGCUGCAGUGCUCCUCAGAGGGUAUGCGAUUGAAAGUAUAAAGGCCGAGGAGCCCGGUCGACACGUGUCGCCUGAGGAUCUGGGAGGAAGGUCGAGUGAACAACAGGAUCCACAAGUCAAAGAAAUGGUGGAACAGCUGCUAAAGAUCACUGAGCUGAACAGGAACGCCGAGCUCCAACAACUCAUCAACCAGGUUCUAGGCAACUGUGCCCGGGGUAUCUUCACGAAGGUGGCCAGAAACAACUUUGCUGAUGGCAUCAACUGGGGUCGUGUGGUGGCUCUCUUCCAUCUGGCCUACAGACUCAUCUACAAGGCGAUAACAAGCAACCAUCUAGAGAACAUCAAAAUCAUCUUCAGCUGGUUUCUUCAGGUCAUCAGAGAGCAGCUCCACACCUGGCUCGUACAGCAGGGAGGCUGGGAGGGGGUGAUCCGUGGGAUUUCUCGCUGGAGGACAGUAGCCAUAGUAGCAUCAGUAGUAUUAGUGGCAACUUUUGUUUACUACAGGAGAACACGCUGAGAUCUGCAGACCUCACAACCAGGACCGCAGUGCCAUCACUUUGGGAAACGCCACUGCAUAAUAGAGCCAGUUUCUAGAAACAUUUACGACCACUCCUAAGCCUCCAUUUCAAACAACCACAAAAAAAUAACAAUUUAAGUGAACUUAUUAACACGUUCAUAAAUCCAGGCAAGAAAUGCAAAUCAAGCUAAAUAACCACACUCGAAAAAUAACGCACACACUCGUUUUGGAGUUGGUCUGCCGUCAGAUUUAAAUUCAUCUUGCUGCUGUAGAUAAAAGACACAUCCUACGAAUCAGUGAUGCUUUCUGGGUUCAUUGGGUGUUUCGGGGUCUCGCAACAUUAGUGUCUGAAGUUUUGCACAUAAAAUCAGAGUUGACUUCC